CGAGCUGCCCCUUCGCACCUUCAACUGGAGGGCUAUAGCUUAUACCCUGGGCGCUGUUCUCACAUUAUAUCAUACCUUCUGAAUCGGCACAGGCGAUAUAAGGGAGACGUCAGCGAGAAUGGGCCGCCCUUGCUCUCACCCUCGACCGUGAACAGGUAUUCGCCGCUGGAGCAGCGACGAUAUGUCUCAACAGACCACAGCACGCAUUCUCAUCUACUCCGCGACGCGCGGGUACCGACACGACUCAAUUCCUGCGUCGAUUGAGGCUCUGAAAGCCAAAGCGUCGGUUAUCAAUGUUGAAUACGAUGCUACGGAAGAUCAGUCGUGGUUCACCGACGAUCGCCUCAAGCAAUACGAUGCGAUCCUCUUCCUGAACAACUCAGGAGAUGUACUCGAUGAACCUGGGAAGGCUGCAUUCCAAAAGUUUCUGAACUCGGGAGGCAACUUCAUCGGUGUUCACUGCGCUUCUGCUUGCUUCUACAACGAUGAGUGGUUCCAGAAGGAGAUAGGCGCGCUCUUCGACUACCAUCCGGAUAUCUGUACCGCGGUGUUCGACGUUGCGGGGCCUCCCCACCCAGCGACCAGCAUGCUCCCAGCCAGAUGGGAGCUUCAUGACGAAGUGUACAAUUUCACGUCGGACCCGCGCAAAGUGGGGGCGACGGUGAUCCUUACAGCAGACGAGUCCACCUACUCGGACACUGGUGAACGCAAGUAUGACCACGGGAGUCCGCAUCCAACCGCGUGGUUCCAGGAGCGUGGUGCCGGUGUAGCGCCAGGCGGAAUAGCAGGACGUAGCUUCUACACGAGUCUGGGGCACUGCAUCGAGACGUGGCAGGACGAGCUCUUCCUUGCACAUGUGCUGGGCGGCAUCCAGUGGGCUUUACAGUCUGGCACCACGAAGGCUUACAAUCCCAACGCUCUGGUCGGGAACGCUGCGGCAUGAUACCAGCCGUCUUGGAGCAUACCGAGUAGGAGUGCAUUGCAGACAAAGUGCGGAUUACAGGUAUCGGAGAACUUGCGGAUCUAGUCUCGUAUGUGGUUCCGACGCGAGAAUCUUGCCUUGGUCCGAGAAUAUGUGGCUUCUCGGCGCAAGUACAUAUUACCAGCGAAACAAGACGUACGAAGGAUCCUCGGCUCCGGCGAGACAGACUAUUGGAAGUAUCAGUCCGGCUAUGAACUGGUUGGUUCAGAAUCCGUAACAAUACUUAUUGUAGCUCAGAGAAGCAGCGAACCCGGGACGAGCGCUUGCCUCCCAUCUUCCCCAUUCGUCAAAUUGUCAUCGCAGAAAAGUGCAUCUUGACAAUGCUGGCCAACAGUAAGGGCAACGGCUUCUGCCAAUUGCAGAGCCAAGA